AUGGCCGUCUCGUUCGGGUCAGUGGGCGACAUUAUCGCCGUUUGCCUGCUGGUUAAGGACCUAGCCGAUGCCUUUGACAAAACGCGUGGUUCGGGGGCCGAGUACCAGGGCCUGACUCGAGAGCUCGGGAGCCUCGAGCGAUGCCUCCUCCAGGUCGACCUCUUGUGCCGGUCCCCGGUCCAAACCCAGGACAUUGCUGCCAUCUGCGAUGCUGCAAGGAGCACCGUCAAGGACUGCGAGUCGUCACUCCAAGAUUUGUAUCGGCGCAUCGAAAAGUAUGACCGCUACCUCAAUAACAAGGGCUCGGGCGCCGCUUUCUUCGCCAAUGCCGCCAUGAAGAUCCGCUGGCAGGUCUCAGAGAAGGAUGCCAUCAAAAAGUUUCGUUCCGCCAUCGCGAUCCAUACAGAUGCCCUCAGCAUGCUGCUAGCCACGGCGAAUGUCGAAGAGCUGGCUUCCGAGACAAAGUCGAGUGCCAACGAGAUCAGCGGUGUCUUGGUUCGGAUCCAUGGCCGCCUCGACGAGACCACCACUCAGUUGACCGAGCAGAAGACCAUCGUGGGCCGCAUCACUGAUGGUAUCGGCCGCAUACGCAAGAUAUGCUCCGACAUGCAGGCCUCUCUCGCGAACUUGCUUCAGCUUGGCACUCAGACGCACCAGGCGGUCGUGGCGAUACAGACACAGCUACCUUCGCGACUGGAGCGUGUCCUGAUCGACGACCCCUUCAUUCUCGAGGAUGCCAUCGGACGGCGGGCCCCCGUUCAUCUGCAGUUCAUCAACUCCUGGGAAGCCCUCCAUGCCGUGCUGGAGAUUCGCUUCCGCAAUAUCCAGGGGGCCGACAAAAUCGGACGCCACGAGUAUUCUCUCCAAGACCAUCGCACCGGGCGAGAGAUUUCUCGGUCGCGCGCUUGGGAAGGUGCCUUCCUACCUGGCCAGAGGGUUGACAUGAGCCUGAUCUUCGAAAACAAGCGGAGUACCGCGCCAGCUGCUGACGGCGCCAACACGUGUCCUGGCUGUCGCCAUUCGUCCUUCAGCUCAGCCGACGCGGAUGUGGAAUGGUAA